CUCAUUAAGAAAAGCAGCAAUUUUCAUUAGCUUUUUAUUUUUUAUCCCUUAUAUAUACAUCUCUCUCUCUCUCGCUGCUGUGCAAUUAUUUUCGGAAAUAUUUAUUUACUACUCCGUGUGAACUCCAGGACCGGGUUGUUGUUUUGAUUUUUUGGUGUCUGUAGUUGAAGAAAGGAGAAGAAAAAAACGAAGCAGAAGGCGAUCGCGCUCUUUGUUCGUUCAUUCAUUCGGGGUUUCUUUGUUGCGCGUGAAUAUAUUUUUUUCCCCACUCGGUGAAAGCAUGGGAGCUCAAGCGGCUAAAAACGGCGCAAAAGAAGAAACCGCCGUGGAAAAGGCGAACGGACAGGAAAACGGGCACGCCAAGACAAACGGUAAUGCCUCACCCACGGCUGACGGAGCCGCCGAGGAGGUCCAGGUCAACGGCAAACAACUGGCUGAAGGUGAGGUAAAACCUGAAGAUGGAGCAGCCGAAAAGCCGCCAGAGGAAGGGGCCACGGAGAGCUCUCCGGUAGCAAACGGCGAGGACUCGAGCAAACCGGAAGAGAACGGCUCUGCGUCCGGCAGCAGCGAGCCUGCUAAGCAGAAGAAGCGGUUUUCCUUUAAGAAACCGUUCAAACUCAGCGGCUUCUCAUUUAAGAAGAGCGCCAAGAAGGAAGCUGAGCCCGAGGAGGCAGCUGCUCCGGCUGAGGAAGGCAAAGACAAAGCUGAAUCCGAAGAGGCCAAGCCAGAGGCGUCCGAAGGAGAGAACGAAGAAGCAGCCGAGGGGGCCAAAGCCGAUCAGCCGAGCGGGGACGAGGAGAAAAAAACGAGCGAAGAGGAAAAGCCCGAGACGCCUGCAGAAGAGAAACCGGCGAAGCAGCAGCAGCAGCAGCUGAAGACCCAGCGCCAACCGCAGCGCCGGCUGAGACCUCAGACGCUCAACCUGCUGUUGCUGCUGCCGAAGAGUAACAAGAUAAACCAGUUGAUGAUGGCUUUUUAAUGAAGUAAUAAGGAGCUGAACCACUGAGGCUUUUUUGUACAAAAAAAAGCACCACCAAUGACCUUUCGAAGUUGUCUAAACAUCCCCUCCCCCCACACGCCUACAUUAUUCCAUCCACUUCUCCUCCAUCCGAUGUCUCUGUGGUGCUCCAAGGAAGGAUCUCUGAUUGUAGCAUGAAAGGCACCGUGCUUCAAUUCCUACAACUGUGUUUGUUACAGUAUUGCGUGUGUGAUGUGUGCUUAUGUGUGUGAUGCAGUAUUUUUUUUUUUUUUUCUUUUUUUUUUCCGGCUUUCAUACCUGUAAACCUUUUUAGGAAUUUGCAAUGUUAGUUGAAGUAUUUGGUGCCAUAUUAUUUAGGUUUUUUUUUUCCUUUCCAGUGUGUUCUAGGAAAGCGGUGCUACCAAAAAGCAGACGAGGCGAGUAGACGAGUCACAAAUCGAAUCGCGGUCCUUUUACGCGUUCCGAAUGGUUGCUCGGAUAUUACACCAGCAGCACCGCUCCCAUCCGGCCACACUGCGUGCUUGUAUAGGCUUCGUCAUGUCUUUAAUCUUUUUAAAAAACUUUUUUCCAGUCCUGUAGGUAAAGUCUGACCCUCUGCUAACCCUGCUGUAGAUCCAACAUGUUGACCUGUGAUGACUAAUAGUUAGUAUUUUUCUUUUUCUUUUUUUUUUUUCUUUUUUAGAUUGUUUCUUGUUUUUCUUACAAAGCUGUGCAAGUAUAUAUAGAAGUUGCCAGUGCAAUCAAAUAGAUUACAGUUUGCUGUAAAUACUCAAGGUCUGACACUACCUGGUUUUUAAAAAGGAAUGUAACUUUGCAUACAGAAGUAUGAGUUCAACUUCAACGGGCACAAAAACAAAUAAAGGAUUCAAAUGAA